CUUCUGCAAUGAGAGUGGUUCUAACAGAGUCAUGCACCUGAGCAUCGGUGGAUUCGCACGUGUAUAUCCAUCCAGGUCUUGUGCUGGCUAUCGCUCUCGUUCAUUUACAACUUCGCAUUCAAAACGUUCUGCUAGCAAUCAUGCUGAUCAUGUUCGGUCGCUAAAUGAAAGCACGAAUGCGCUAGUCAGCUUCCCAACAGAAAUUCACAAUCCUAAUCCUCAUGGACCUUUGAACAGUCUUACGGUCACUGUCAAGGAUAAUAUAUGCACAAUAAACUUACCAACAACAUGCUCGUCAGGCAUGCUUCGCCACUUCACUCCACCUUUUGACGCGACGGCGGUGAAGCUUCUGAAGGCGGCGGGUGCGAAUAUUAUUGGGAAGGCUAACUGCGAUGAAUUUGGGAUGGGGUCUCUGAACGUGAACAGCAUCCAUGGCCCAGUGGUAAAUCCAUAUCAGUCCCCAAGUGAGAAAUCCACGCCUUGGGCUGAGCGUGAAAGAAAAUCGGCGGGCGGAAGCUCAGGUGGAAGCGCUGCAGCUGUUGCAGCUGGUAUGUGUGACGCUGCACUAGGUACAGAUACAGGUGGCUCUGUUCGUCUUCCCGCAUCAUACUGUGGUAUUACGGGCUUGAAACCCUCGUAUGGCCUCGUUAGCAGAUGGGGUGUGGUUUCUUUUGCUGAUAGCCUUGACUGCGUCGGUGUGCUUGGAAAGUCCGUCGACACAGUGAAGACCGUAUUUGACUCAAUUUCAUUAUAUGAUCCAAAGGAUCCCACCGCAGCGACACCUCAUAUAAGAGAGAGGGCAAAAGCUGCAGCAGAAACACUGUUAUCUACUCUGGAUCAGGACACGUCUGACCCUGACCUCUCGGCGCUUCGGAUUGGGAUACCACAAGAAUAUUUCCCUUCUGAACUUAACACUACCAUCGUGACCGUGGUUCGCAAGGUUCUAGAGCGACUAUCGUACCUUGGUGCUCAAUUGAUCCCCGUCACCCUUCCUUCGACGCCGUAUGCAUUGAGUGCAUACUACGUCAUAGCAAGCGCGGAAGCGUCAAGCAAUCUAGCGCGUUAUGACGGAGUUCAAUAUGGUACUCGUUCCCCUCUGCUCCCUGGCGCAGAUAAAUCCAAACCCGGCAGUGUGUAUGCACAUACGCGCUCAGCGCAUUUUGGAGCGGAGGUGCAGAAACGCAUCCUCCUUGGCACUUACGCACUCACAGCUGACGCAUUCGACAAUUACUUUCUUCAAGCCCAACGCGUCCGGCAGCGAAUCAAGACCGACUUUAAUUCUGUUUUUCGCGUCCCCGAUGCACAACUAUCCAAUCCCUCGCCAAACCCUGAUGGUGUGGACAUUAUCUUACAUCCUUCUGCGAUUGGUACCGCACCUCGACUAGACUCAGCUGCGGCCUCUGGUCUAGGUCCAUAUUUGCAGGACGUUAUGACUGUUCCCGCUUCCUUGGCUGGCUUGCCAGCGUUGAGUGUCCCUGCCGGGUUAGCCGCCAAUGGUUGGCCUGUUGGUGUCAGCGUCGUUGGACAGUGGGGUUCUGACGAACUAGUAUUACGCAUUGGGAAGGUGAUCGAACAGACAGGAGACGAAGAUGAUGAUUCUUAUAAUCAUCUUUGGCCGGUGACUGAUAUGCUUUGUGGGCUCCAUAUCCCGUAGAUGAUCGUGAUUUGGCUUGUCGAAUCAGACGCAUUUCCGCCCUCAAUUAGCACAAACGCGCCUACUGCUCCUUGGACACAUGACUGACGUUCAAACGCACGAGGGGAGCA